AUGGCUACAAGCUCGAAUAACGCGUACCUUGGAUUUCUCAUUGCUGGAAAGUACACUGACUUCAUCAUCCAAUGUCAAAAUGUCGAGUUCAAAGUCCACCGGAUCAUAACCGCCGAAAGUGGUAGAAUCACGUUUCCGGAGAUAAAGCCAGACAUCAUGGCUCGGGUCAUCCUUUUUAUGUACUCCAGAGAUUACAACUCUUACCAUCUCCCAACUUUCUACAUGACAUUUGUCGGUGACGACACGAAGGACAUGAAGGACCCGAAGGACACUGAGGAUACGAGGUCCGAUACAGAAGAAGAGGACGGCUACCGGGGCGAGAAUGGAGAUAUCCAAGCGGGCGGCCUAAGAACUGCUCUGAAUGUGAAUGCCCUGAUGUACCAGUGUGCCGACAUGCUAGAUUUCGAAGAUCUGAAGCAGGUUGCAUGCAGGCGAUUCAUAGAUCACGCAAAACUUGUCUACGGGAUGGAUGGAUUUGAAGAGCCCUUGCGCGUCGUUUACGAGUCUACAAGGGAAGAUGACAAGGAUCUCAGAUUCCAAGUCACUUGCUUGUGCAUUGAGAAUUGUGGUCUCCUUGCUCGGCGAGAAAAGACGGCAGCUGUCGUUGAAGAGUACAAUCCCCACCUUUGGGCUGUCUCGGUGGAGGUCAAUAAGCGGAAGAUGAGCAUCACGAGAGCCGUUGACGACCUCAAUGACGAGCUGCACUUGAGAGGUUGUAAGCAUCUGGUUCCAAUGAAGCGGAUGAGCCUGAAGGUAUCCACGCAGGACGACGUACACUCCAUCACAAUGAAGUGUCAGCUAUGCUCGGGCUGA